CGUGAUUUGUGCGACGAGUUGCAGUUGCCUUGUGCAGGAGGUCCUGGGGGUCCUGGUGCUGAGGGGGUGCUGGGUUUGUCCCCAGCAUCCCCCCUACCCCAUCCAGGCAGGCUGCCGUGGAGCUGGAGGUCAGAAGACGUCUUCUCAGGGGUCAAGCACGGCUCCAGCGCUGAGCCUUCGGCUCCCCAGUCCCAGCUAAGCAGGAUGAAGCUCCUGGCUUCCAUCGCCUUCCUGGCCACGCUCGCAGUGGCACUGGGACUCCCUGACCCCACGCUGGAGUGGCACUGGCAGCUCUGGAAGAAAACCUACGGCAAGGAGUACCACCACAAGAGAGAGGAAGAGGAGCGGCGGGCGACAUGGGAGAGGAACUUGCGACUGGUGACGCUGCAUAAUCUGGAGCACUCCCUGGGGCUGCACUCCUACGAGCUGGGCAUGAACCACCUGGGGGACAUGACCAGCAAGGAAGUGGCGGCUCUGUUAACCGGGCUGAACGUUGCUUCCCGGCCGAAGCCGAGCUCCACGUACCGGCCGCGUCCUGGCAGCGAAGUCCCGGACACGGUGGACUGGAGGGAGAAGGGAUGCGUCACGGAUGUGAAGAACCAGGGUGCGUGUGGGUCGUGCUGGGCGUUCAGUGCCGUGGGAGCCCUCGAAGGCCAGGUGAAGCUGAAGACAGGGAAGCUGGUGUCCCUGAGCGCCCAGAACCUCGUCGACUGCUCCAUGAUGUACGGGAACAAAGGUUGCAGCGGAGGUUUCAUGACCAGAGCUUUCCAGUACAUCAUCGACAACCAAGGGAUUGACUCGGACGACUCCUACCCCUACACAGCUCAGAACGGGACGUGUCAGUACAACGCGUCCGCACGCGCCGCCACCUGCUCCAAGUACGUCGAGCUCCCAUACGCUGACGAAGCCGCCCUGAAAGAUGCUGUCGCCAACAUCGGACCCGUCUCCGUCGCCAUUGACGCCACCCAGCCCACCUUCUUCUUGUACAAGUCAGGUGUGUACGAUGACCCCCAGUGCACGCAGGAGGUGAAUCACGCCGUCGUGGUAAUCGGCUACGGCACCCUGAACGAGAAGGAUUACUGGCUGGUGAAAAACAGCUGGGGUGUGCAUUUUGGUGACCAGGGCUAUAUCCGCAUGUCGAGAAACCACGCGAACCAUUGCGGUAUCGCCAGUUACGCCUCUUACCCGCUCAUCUAGACGGAGCCCGCGCCGCAGCGAGGACUGGUGAGCCCUCAGUUACACCACUGAUGCUACGCUUGCACAGAUCUACUGACUUCAAGAAUCAUUUUUUGGCUCUGUGGGCAACGUCCUCCUGUUAGAUCAGGCUGGGAGGGAGACCUGUGCGUAGGAGGAAUUCUGAGGGUGAUUUACAGGCACCUCAUGACUUCUUUGGGGGGAAAAAAGUGUUUUUGUUGGGUUUUUUUUUUUUUAAGAGUGAGAUUGCGAUACAUACAUUUGUAAUGGAGAUCACCUACCGUUACAACAGGGAUAGUGUUUUCCUCUCUCCAGUUGAGCACCGAGUACUGCCACGAUGACACAGCUCUCACGUUAGCUCUGUGCCAUGUUGAUGAAGUUGCAGACUUUCUUUGAAAAAUAAAUCGGUUUCACUGCCCAAAA